AGCUUUCUGUUUGCUUUCUUUUCCUCUGCCCACACAGAUGCUGUGGAUACUGCAGAAUACAGCACAUUCUUGGACUUGCAUCCGGAUUCCAUGGAAGUAGAGGCCACCCUCACCAUUGCUGAACUCUGCCUCCAGUACAAGAUACCAUGCCACAUUCUUAAUCUCUCCUCCGCUCAAGCAUUGCCCAUCAUCAAUGAUGCUCGUCAGAAGGGAGCACCAAUCACUGUAGAAACUACUCUAAACUACCUCAGCCUGACAUCUGAAUGCAUUCCCUCAGGAGGAACAUACUACAAAUGCUGCCCUCCCAUCAGGGAGAAAGUCAGCCAGGAACAGUUAUGGGCAGAUUUGCAAGUAGGACAGAUAGACAUGGUUGUCUCUGCUCAUAGAGCUUGUUAUCAAGGCUUGAAGGACUUGGACAGUGGUGAUUUCCUGAAGGCUCAGUCAGGGAUUGCCUCACUACAGUUUGGUCUUCCACUCUUCUGGACUUCUGCAAAAUCCCGAGGGUUCUCUUUCCAUGAAAUAGUGCAACUAAUGUGCAAAAAUCCUGCCAUUCUGAGUAGGCUGGAACACUGCAAAGGUUCUCUCAGACCAGGGAUGGAUCCAGACCUGGUUAUCUGGAACCCAGAAAAACAAUUUGAGGUGAAUAAAGACAUAAUUCAUCACAAGCAUAAGCUGACUCCAUACUUGGGGUUUCAACUGUACGGUAAAGUGUUUGCGACUCUUGUUCGUGGCAGGCUAGUUUAUUUGAAUGGAAAAUUUGCACCCACAGCACAAGGAGACCUGAUUGUGCCUGAGAGAAAGAUGCCCUCAAGAGUUGUCUUACCAUACUAUUAGGAAGGAAGAUUGUGGAAUGAGGAACAUGCUGUCAAAAUGGACAAAUCUAGAUCUAACAGCAAAACAAGCUAAUCACUUAGUUUGGGAAAAGUACAGCAGAUGAAAAAUACAAAAAAUCAAGUGAUUAAACACAGCUUGUAAUCACAAAUGAAAGCAGUAGCAGAAGUUCCUGGUUCUCUGCCCUCUACCCCUUCCCUCAACCACUGAAUAAAUGAAAUGUAAUCAACAGCUCCAGCUGAUAAGACAAGAGUAUGAGACAGUGGCAUAGAAGAAGACAAAUUUCUAAGUCAGCAUCUGCCUUGGCCAAAGCUCAUCGCUUCUUACUUUCUAGUACUGUAAAUAAGGUAAUAAAGA